AUGAGUACGGACGCGGAAAUGGAGUGUUUCGGCCCGGCGGCCUUGUACCUCCGGAAGCCAGAAGAGAGAAUUGAAGCUCAAAACACUCCCUUUGACGCUAAAACAGCGUACUUUGUGACUGAGCCCAAGGAGAUGUACCUCAAGGGGAAACUUAUCAAGAGAGAGGGCGGCAAAGCCACUGUUGAGACUCUCACUGGAAAGACUCUAACUGUAAAAGAAGAUGAAGUCUUCCCCAUGAACCCUCCAAAGUUCGAUAAGAUUGAGGACAUGGCCAUGAUGACCCACCUCAGUGAGCCUUCUGUGCUGUAUAACCUCAAAGAGCGCUAUGCAGCAUGGAUGAUCUACACCUACUCUGGGCUGUUCUGCGUCACUGUGAACCCCUACAAGUGGCUCCCAGUGUAUGAUGCAGUGGUUGUCGCAGGAUACAGAGGAAAAAAGAGGAUUGAGGCUCCACCCCACAUCUUCUCCAUCUCGGACAAUGCCUAUCAGUUCAUGCUUACUGACCGUGAGAAUCAGUCGAUCCUUAUCACUGGAGAAUCCGGUGCAGGAAAGACUGUCAACACCAAACGUGUCAUCCAGUAUUUUGCGACAAUCGCAGUGGCUGGAGGAAAGAAAUCUGAGCCAGUUCCUGGAAAAAUGCAGGGGUCGCUGGAGGAUCAAAUCAUUGCAGCCAACCCACUGCUGGAGGCUUAUGGAAAUGCCAAAACUGUCAGGAAUGACAACUCAUCCCGUUUUGGUAAAUUCAUCAGAAUCCAUUUUGGAACAACAGGGAAACUGGCCUCAGCAGACAUUGAAACAUAUUUGCUUGAGAAGUCUCGAGUGACGUUCCAGCUGUCUGCUGAGAGGAGCUACCACAUCUUCUAUCAGCUCAUGACGGGCCACAAACCUGAGCUCAUAGAGGCUCUGCUGAUCACCACAAAUCCAUAUGACUAUCACAUGGUCAGUCAGGGUGAAAUCAGUGUCAAGAGUAUCAAUGACGUUGAAGAAUUCAUCGCUACUGAUACUGCUAUUGACAUCCUGGGCUUCACUGCAGAAGAAAAGGCAUACAUUUACAAGCUGACUGGAGCUGUAAUGCAUCAUGGAAACAUGAAAUUCAAGCAGAAACAACGUGAAGAGCAGGCUGAGCCUGAUGGCACUGAGGUGGCAGAUAAAAUCGCCUACCUCAUGGGUCUGAACUCUGCUGAUUUGCUGAAAGCACUAUGCUACCCCAGAGUGAAGGUUGGGAACGAGUAUGUGACCAAAGGUCAAACUGUCCCUCAGGUCCACAACUCUGUCAUGGCUCUCUGCAAGUCUGUCUAUGAGAAAAUGUUCUUGUGGAUGGUCGUCAGAAUCAAUGAGAUGCUGGAUACAAGGCAAGCCAGAAGCUUUUUCAUCGGUGUCCUGGAUAUUGCCGGGUUUGAAAUCUUUGAUUUCAACAGCUUGGAGCAGCUGUGCAUCAACUUCACCAAUGAAAAAUUGCAACAAUUUUUCAACCACCACAUGUUUGUCCUGGAGCAAGAAGAGUACAAGAAAGAAGGAAUUGAAUGGGAGUUCAUUGACUUUGGCAUGGAUUUGGCUGCCUGCAUUGAGCUUAUUGAGAAGCCAAUGGGCAUCUUCUCCAUCCUUGAAGAGGAGUGCAUGUUCCCCAAGGCAUCAGACAUGACCUUCAAGAACAAACUGUACGACCAGCAUCUUGGGAAAAGCAAAUCCUUUGAGAAGCCAAAACCUGCCAAAGGCAAAGCUGAAGCUCACUUUUCUCUGGUGCACUAUGCUGGCACUGUUGAUUACAACAUCGUUGGCUGGCUGGACAAGAACAAAGACCCCCUGAAUGACUCAGUGGUUCAGCUCUACCAGAAGUCUUCAGUUAAACUGCUAUCCUUCCUGUAUGCAUCCCAUGCCGCAACAGAAGGUGAGGGUGGUGCCAAGAAAGCUGGCAAGAAGAAGGGUGGCUCCUUCCAGACUGUGUCUGCUUUGUUCAGGGAAAAUUUAGGCAAGCUGAUGACCAAUUUGAGGAGCACUCAUCCUCACUUUGUGCGCUGCCUGAUUCCCAAUGAGUCAAAGACUCCAGGUCUUAUGGAGAACUUCUUGGUCAUCCACCAGCUGAGGUGUAACGGUGUGCUGGAGGGCAUCAGGAUCUGCAGGAAAGGUUUCCCCAGCAGAAUCCUCUAUGGUGACUUCAAGCAGAGAUACAAAGUAUUAAAUGCCAGUGUCAUCCCAGAGGGGCAGUUCAUUGACAACAAAAAGGCUUCAGAGAAACUGCUGGGAUCCAUCAAUGUGGACCACUCUCAGUACAAGUUUGGCCACACCAAGGUGUUCUUCAAAGCUGGUCUGCUGGGUCUCUUGGAGGAGAUGAGAGAUGAGAAACUGGCUGAGUUGGUCACAAUGACUCAGGCUCUCUGCAGAGGUUUCCUCAUGAGGAGAGAGUUUGUCAAGAUGAUGGAAAGGAGAGAGGCCCUUUUCUCCAUCCAGUACAACAUCCGCUCAUUUAUGAAUGUCAAAACCUGGCCAUGGAUGAAGCUGUACUUCAAGAUUAAGCCUCUGCUGAAGAGUGCAGAGACUGAGAAAGAGAUGGCCCAAGCUCGUAUUGAGGAGCUGGAAGAGGAGAUUGAGGCUGAGAGGGCUGCUCGGGCCAAGGUGGAGAAGCAGAGGUCUGAUCUCUCCAGGGAACUUGAGGAGAUCAGCGAGAGGCUCGAAGAGGCUGGUGGAGCAACUGCAGCUCAGAUUGAGAUGAACAAGAAACGCGAGGCUGAGUUUCAGAAGCUGCGUCGUGAUCUCGAAGAAUCCACCCUGCAGCAUGAGGCCACCGCUGCAGCUCUGCGCAAGAAGCAGGCUGACAGUGUGGCAGAGCUGGGAGAACAGAUUGAUAACCUUCAGAGAGUCAAACAGAAGCUGGAGAAGGAGAAAAGUGAAUUCAAGAUGGAGAUUGAUGAUCUCACCAGCAAUAUGGAGUCUGUCGCCAAAUCGAAGGCAAACCUUGAAAAGUUGUGCAGGACCUUAGAAGAUCAACUGAGUGAGCUCAAAGCCAAGAAUGAUGAGAAUGUUCGUCAGCUAAACGACUUCAGUGCACAAAAAGCAAGACUUCAAACUGAAAAUGGUGAAAUUGUGCGUCAGCUAGAGGAGAGAGAAGCUCUUGUUUCUCAGCUGACAAGAGGCAAGCAGGCUUUUACCCAGCAGAUUGAGGAGCUUAAGAGGCACAUAGAGGAAGAAGUUAAGGCCAAGAACGCCCUGGCUCAUGCUGUUCAGUCAGCUCGUCAUGACUGCGACCUGCUCAGGGAGCAGUAUGAGGAGGAGCAGGAGGCCAAGGCUGAGCUGCAGCGUGCAAUGUCCAAGGCCAACAGCGAGGUGGCUCAGUGGAGAACCAAAUACGAGACUGAUGCCAUUCAGCGCACUGAGGAGCUGGAGGAGGCAAAGAAAAAGCUUGCCCAGCGUCUUCAGGAUGCAGAGGAAACCAUUGAGGCUGUGAAUGCAAAAUGUGCCUCUCUGGAAAAAACAAAACAGAGACUGCAGGGUGAGGUGGAGGACCUGAUGAUCGAUGUGGAAAGAGCUAAUGCUCUGGCUGCUAACCUCGACAAGAAGCAAAGGAACUUUGACAAGGUUCUGGCAGAGUGGAAACAGAAGUAUGAGGAAAGUCAGGCGGAGCUGGAGGGAGCACAGAAGGAGGCUCGGUCAAUGAGUACUGAGCUGUUCAAAAUGAAAAACUCCUAUGAAGAAGCUCUGGACCACCUGGAAACCUUGAAGAGGGAGAACAAGAACCUGCAACAGGAGAUUUCAGACCUGAGUGAACAACUCGGUGAGACCGGUAAGACGAUUCAUGAGCUUGAGAAAGGAAAGAAGGCGGUGGAAAGUGAGAAGUCAGAGAUCCAGACUGCUCUGGAGGAGGCAGAGGCUACCCUAGAGCAUGAGGAAUCCAAGAUUCUCCGCAUUCAGCUUGAGCUCACACAAGUCAAGGGUGAAAUUGACAGAAAACUUGCAGAGAAGGACGAGGAGAUUGAGCAGAUCAAGAGGAACAGCCAGAGAGUAAUCGAGUCCAUGCAGAGCACGUUAGAUGCUGAGGUCAGAAGCAGGAAUGAUGCCCUGAGAAUCAAAAAGAAGAUGGAGGGAGACCUCAAUGAGAUGGAGGUUCAGCUCAGCCAUGCCAACCGCCAGGCAGCUGAAGCCCAGAAACAGCUGAGAAACGUACAAGGACAGCUUAAGGAUGCACAACUGCACCUUGAUGAAGCUCUCAGAAGUCAGGAAGACAUGAAGGAGCAGGUUGCCAUGGUGGAGCGCAGGAACAACUUGAUGCUGGCUGAGAUCGAGGAGCUGAGAGCUGCACUGGAGCAGACAGAGAGAAGCCGCAAAGUGGCUGAACAGGAGCUGGUUGAUGUCAGCGAGCGUGUGACACUACUGCACUCUCAGAAUACCAGCCUUAUCAACACCAAGAAGAAGCUGGAGGCUGACCUUGUCCACAUCCAAGGUGAAGUAGAAGAUUCUGUUCAGGAAGCAAGAAAUGCUGAAGAAAAGGCCAAGAAGGCCAUCACUGAUGCGGCCAUGAUGGCAGAAGAGUUGAAGAAGGAGCAGGACACCAGUGCUCAUUUGGAGAGGAUGAAGAAGAACCUGGAGGUGACGGUGAAGGACCUGCAGCACCGCCUGGAUGAAGCUGAGAAUCUGGCCAUGAAGGGCGGCAAGAAGCAGCUCCAGAAACUGGAGGCGAGGGUGCGUGAGCUUGAGGCUGAAGUUGAAGCUGAGCAGAGACGAGGAGCAGAGGCUGUCAAAGGUGUUCGGAAAUAUGAGAGAAGAGUGAAGGAGCUCACGUAUCAGACUGAAGAGGACAAGAAGAACGUCACCAGACUUCAGGAUCUGGUGGACAAGCUGCAGCUGAAAGUGAAGGCCUACAAGAGACAGUCUGAGGAAGCUGAGGAGCAGGCCAACACUCACCUGUCCAGGUACAGAAAGGUUCAGCAUGAGCUGGAGGAGGCUCAGGAGCGAGCUGACAUCGCUGAGUCCCAGGUCAACAAGCUGAGGGCGAAGAGCCGGGAAAUUGGAAAAGCAAAGGAGGCUGAAGAAUAA